AUGCCCCCACUUACUAAUUUCAACGACACUGCUAAAGUCAUUAACUGCGACACUGUCGAAAUUAUUCGCUCAUGCUUUAGCACAUGUGAGCGACUGAUAUUGUGUCCACAUGUUCAUCAAAGCGGAUGCAUCAUGCUGCUUCUCGCGGUCCUACAACAAGUUGAUGAUAUACUAUACCGCAUGACUGCAGUCUUCAAAGAAGACUGUAAAGCUGCCAUCCGGACACAAGACUACACAAGUGGUGGAAAAAAUUCCUCAUUUCUAGCCAGAAGUGACCUCAUGCGAGGUGUGAUGAUACUUGCUGCAGUGAAUUCCAUGGACCAAACCGAGUACGGAAUAGAAAAGGACUCGCUACGACCAAUGGGGGUGCUACAGGAGUACAUAGCAAAACUUCAGAACAACUAUGAUGCGCGCAUGUUGGAGCUUUUCUAG